AAGUUGACUCCUUUUUUUUUUUUUCCACUCUUUCAAAAAUCUUGCAAGCUUUUUUCCUCUCAAGAAGUCUCAUUCUCCUUCUUCACUUAAACCAGAGGUACAGAAAGAAAGAGAGAGAGAGAGAGAGAGAGAAAGAGAUAAAGGGUAAAUAAAAGAAAUCAGAGAUUUUUCUCUCAAUCAAUGUCAGCUUCAGUGGCUGCAACAACAUCAACAACAGCUACAACGUUUAUAAAGUGCGUCACUGUUGGCGAUGGAGCUGUGGGCAAAACUUGUCUUCUUAUCUCCUACACCAGCAACACUUUUCCCACUGAUUAUGUUCCAACAGUGUUCGACAAUUUCAGUGCAAAUGUUUUAGUCGAUGGCAAAACUGUCAACCUUGGUCUCUGGGAUACCGCUGGUCAAGAAGAUUACAAUAGGCUUAGACCAUUGAGUUACAGAGGAGCAGAUGUUUUCAUUCUUGCCUUCUCACUUAUUAGCAGGCCUAGCUUUGAGAACAUUGCUAAAAAGUUUGUGGAUCGGUUUCUUUCGCAGUGGGUUCCCGAGCUGAGACAUUAUGCCCCGACCGUGCCUAUAGUUCUCGUUGGAACCAAAUUAGAUCUAAGAGAAGACAAGCAAUUCCCAAUGAACUAUCCUGGUGCGUGUACAAUCUCCACAGAACAAGGUCAAGAACUAAGAAAGGAGAUAGGAGCAUUAGCUUAUAUAGAGUGCAGCUCAAAAACACAACAGAAUGUAAAAACGGUGUUUGAUGCGGCAAUAAAAGUAGUCUUACAGCCUCCUUCAAAGACUAAGAAGCAAAAGAGAAAGAUUGGGUUCUGCCAUGUUCUCUGAUCACUUACUCAAAACUCUAUCGCCUUUGCUUUCUCUUAAAUCUUUUUAGUGUGUUUCUUCUACGAACCAUAAUAUGCAGAUCAACCAUUAUGAGAGUUUGAUCUUGUAUUAGAGAGUGUGUGUAUUAAGCUGCCUAAGUGGUAAGUAUCAUCUAUGUAAAUGUGAACAACGUUUGGCUCCUCAAACCGGUUUUAACAUAAUAAACUUGAACCGAAGAAGAAAUAAACCGGGUUUUGGUUUUUGGCUUA